ACGUUUUACGAUACCCAGGUACCAUUAUGAUUUAUAUUAUAUUCCCUUUUAAGUGUUAAUAAAAUUAAUUUUCGUAGCUAACAAAAAAAUUUAGGCCUACAUAACAUAAUGACGCGUUGGGAGGGUAAUCCAACCAGGCUAUUUUACUUGUCACUAUUGACAAUUUUCAUUGAAGUCAUUAGCCUAAUUUAAAUUAUUGUUUACUCGGACUCGAGGCUUAUAACCAAGCUAUGCUAUGAAUAUGGAUGACUAUACUAUGGGCACUAUGGCUAUAAAAUGAUAAUUACCGUUUUUUCCACUUCAAACUGCACAUACCGGUGCCGGUAUUGAAAUUCAAUAUUUUACUUUAAUAAAAUUUAACUUGGGUUAUAUAGUCAACUUAGAACUUGUUUUAAAGCUACGCUAUUAUUUAGUACUGAGACUACUGUGUGGCUACUUGGCACCGCUACAUAAGUACUACAUUACAUACAGUCCAUACAGACAGUACAGCCUACUACAUCGGACACAUCCACUGUGAAGUCUGCGACUGUGGUGAGUACCAAUACUGAGAAUUAAUAAGACAAAAAGGGCCUUAUUAAGGUAAGGCGAGGUCUAAACAAAAAAUUCCUUGUUCAGUUAUGUGAAGUUGGUUGUGACUUGCACUGCCACUAGGCAGGCACUAGGAAAGUUUAUUAAAAGCUAUAUUUAUUUUAAAAAAUUAAAAAUCAGUUUGUAGUGUAGUCCUCACUGUGUAUGUGAAUGCGAUUGGUGUCACUAUUACUAGUACUUCACUGGUACUAGUACUAAACUUCAAAAUAAUGUUCUGUACUGCAAUAGUGGUACGCCUUUGCCUAAGCCUAAGUUAAAGCUAUGAUGCUACAUCUUGUCUUCUUUAACUUUAGUUACCGUUACUUAAGUUCAAGAAAUGAAUCUUGUCUUAGGUUAAUAUAUUAAUAUGUCAUAUAUGAGUUGCUCAUUAACCCGAUCUGAGGAUCAGUUUAGACAUUUAAAUUUUAAAAAAUAUUGAUUACCGGUAUAAAUAUAAUAGAUAAAGUUUCCAAUAGUUGAAAUCUAUUCUGCCACCUAUUUUAUUUAUGUACUGUACCAAUAAUACUUUUUAUUUCAGAAUUAUUUGUUACAGUCGCUUGCUGUAGUUGUAGACAAAUCUUAAUGAACAAUUACUUCUGCCUGAAGUAGAAUCAAAGUGAAGAUCAGAUAUCAAGAGCUUAAGCUCGGAGUGCUUGACUUUGUUCUCUGUGAGAAUUUCAUUAAUAUUUAACCUUUCUCUGGUUAUAUAGCACUGAGUGUAAGUUAGCUAUUGUCAUGCUGGCUAAAAAAAACAACACUAUACACACUGAAGAGGAAUUGGGGGGGCGGGGCUGAUAAGUUAAUUUUGCAUUAUAUUUUAUAUAUACCGGUACAGUACCCAAGAAUUAUGAGAGUCACAAAAGAAAUAGCAAAUUUCUUGUUAUAGGUUUUGUCCGAUCUGUCUGUGACAUGUUAACUAUGAAUAAUGAAUGGCUGGGAGUGGUGGGAAGUUUGUUUGGACAUUAAUUUGUAUAUUUACUAUCAAGGGCUUUAAAAAAUGUACCUAUAAGUGAACUGGAGGAGGGGGGAGUAGGAAAUCAAUUUUGGUCUACAGUCUACAUGUAUAAAUGUUUAUAGGUUACUCCUAAAUGAUAAUAAAAAAAGACAUUAAGAAUUUUUCCCCAAGAAUUACAUUAUUGUUACUUAACUAAUAUUCACUGAAAAUAAAUAUUUUCCUUUAAAUAUUAUGUUUUUCAUUUCUUUACUUCCUAGGGUGGUUAACCAAAAUUGAUAAUGGGCCAGACAACAAGUGCCCAGGGCUUUGCAGCCAACAUGGUCUCACAGGGAGGUCAAGGCCAACCCGGGGGACAAAAACCAGAUGAUGGGGUCACUUGGUGGUGUAAAAUUCUAGCGACAACUUGCUGCAUUGUUGCAGGAAUAAGUAUGUGAGCUGGUGGUUAAGGAAUUUUAGUGUUAAUCUUUUUGCAGUUGAGCAUUAUAGAAAGAUAUAUUAAUUUUUGUAAUGACUACAGCAACAUUAUUAUUAUGUUCAUAAGGGACAUAAAAUAGUGUGGUUUAUAUUAGAAACACAGUGGCUGACAUUAGUGAGGUAAAUCUCAUGGUUUACAUUACUCGGUAGUGACAUAAAUCUCAUUGACAUUUGUGAUAUAAAUCACAUGGUUGACUAUAAUGACAUAAAUCUCUUGGUAGACAUUAGUGACAUAAAUCUCUUGGUAGACAUUAUUGACAUAAAUCUCUUGGUUGACAAUCAUCAUCAUCAGUGGCGCUACCACCCAUGUAGGGCCCUGGCCUGCUCCACCACAUCCUUCCAUUAGGAUCGAUCCAGGGCAUUCCGCCUCCAUGCUUGAACCCCCAACUGGUGUAAGUCCUUCUCUACAUCGUCAAUCCUCCUCAGUCUUGGUCGACUGGUGAGCUGUCUGCCCCUAGGUUUCUGCCUGUAUAUCACUUUUGAUGCUCUACAAUCCAGCAUCCUUUCAAUAUGUCCUGUCCAGCGCAGUCUGACUUUUUUAAUUGUUGCAACCAUGGGUGGGUCUUUGUACAGAUUGAUAUAGCUCUUCUUCUUCUUCUUCUAUAUCUUAAGGGCCCACGAUCAAUUUAUUGAUCAUUUUGGCUCCUAUGCAUGUAGAUGGGAUUUGCAAUGUUUCUGUUACUGGUGGUGAUGAGGAAAUUAUGCACUAGGGGUUUGAAGGCUUGAGGCAAUAGACACAAAUGCGUCUAGUGUUGUCGCCUCAACUGUUCCUUUUGAAAGAUGGUUCCAGUCCCUGAUUGUCUUGGGCAGGAAUGAGCAGCUCCUAUACUGGCUUCUUGCUGGUAUGAGCCUGAAUUGCCUGUCAUGGCCUCGUCGCUGUCUAUGGGGGAGAGGGACGAGUUUCUGUUUAAUACUGGAACAGUGGACCAGCCCAUUAUUUAUCUUGUACAUCAUGGAGAGCCUGGAUUGUCGUCUUGGUUUGUAUGGAUUCUCCAAACAUUAUUGUCUAUCACUAGGCCAUGUAUUUUCCUGUGGAUUUUCCUCUCCCAUGUAUUGAGCAGUUUCUCUGCUUUUCUGGUAAGGGACCAAGUCUCACUUGCAUAAGUUACUACUGGUCUUAUGAUAGGGAUGUAUAUUGUCUUCUUUGUUCUCCUUGAGAGGUUUUUACUUUCCAGUAGCUUUUGUAAUAUAAAAUAGGAACAGUUGUCUGCUGUUAUCCUUUCUUUCACCUCUGACAUUAUUUCAUUUUGAUUGUUUUAGUCGCCCCUAUAUAUUUGAAAGUGGCAACUCUCUCAAAGGUGUGGUUGUUUAUAUUGCUGUUGUCAUCAACGUAGGUAUUUCGUUAUAUUGAUGUUGUCAUCAACAUAGGUAAUUGAUGUUAUUAUCAACGUAGGUAUUUCGUUAUAUUGAUGUUGUCAUCGACAUAGGUAAUUGAUGUUAUUAUCAACGUGAAUAUUUCGUUACAUUGAUGUUGUCAACAAGGUAAGUAUUUCGUGACAUAAUAAUAUAUUUUGUCUUUGCUUCAUAUACAUCAAGUCCAGCUUUGGCCGAGGCAUUUUCAAGUUCCCUGAAUGCUUGAAUUAUAUCAUUCCUGUUUCUGCCCAGUAGCACUAUAUUGUCUGUGUAUGCCAGGUACUGCAAUGACCGGCUAUAUAAAGUUCCUCAUGGUUGUUCUGUAAUACCUCUCUGGAAGUAGCUUGUGAUGGUUCCAAUGGUGCUCACGUUUAUGCUUCUAAUAACUUUUUCCAGUGUGAUGUUGAACAGGAUACAUGAUAGUGAGUCUCCUUGUCUGAGGCCCUGACUAACUGGGAACUCCCUCAAGUAUUCUCCCUGUAUAUUUUGAUUCUACUUUUGGAGUUAACCAUCGUCAUAUGUAUGAGCCAGGCUUGUUUAUUAGGGACUCCAAGUUCCUGUAGAGCAUAGUAUAGGUAAUUCCUGUCUACGCUAUGGUAUUGUGUUUUGUAAUCAACAUAUAGUUGGUGUAUGUCAAUGUUAUAUUCAUAGCAUUUCUCCAGUGGACAUCUAAUAGUAAAAAUAUUAUCUGUGGUUGACUUUUGUGCCGGAAUCCUCAUUGCUAGCCCCCUAGGAUCUGUUCACUGUAACUUUCCAGUUUUCUUGCUAUGAGUUUAGUGAGGACUUUGUACAUUACAUUAAGGUUGACAUUAGUGACAAAAAUCUCAUGGUUGACAUUAGUGACAUAAAUCUCAUGAUUGACAUUAGUGAUAUAAAAAGCAAGGAUGACAUUUAAUAAAUCCUUUCAAUCUUUGUCAACAGCUGCCUUAAUCACAGGACUAUUCCGACUCCUGACAUUCACACCCCUGUGUUUGGUAGCUGGUAUUUUACUAAUGUAAGUCUUGUUCCAAACUGAACAAUUAUCUGUUUUUAUUUUUAGUAUCAUAACUAAGUGAGUGUGAGUGCCCGGGGAACUUUCUUGGCACGGCUGAAAUUUUUUCUAUCAUUACCAACAGUGAUAUAAAAGAAAGACCAAAAGUUAAAUUACUGUAUUGAGAUUUAUGGUUUGACUGUUCAAACUUAAAUUCUUCUGUGUCUAACUAAAUGUUUUCAAUCCUUUUUUCUGUAAUUUUAAUGUAUAAACUCAGAACACAUUUUGCAGGUUCAAAUAUAAUCAAUAUUGUGUUUGAAUUAGUUUGAACAUUUCAUCUAUAUUUAGUCAAGAAUUCUACACCCAUGGUGAAAAUGGAAAUACAAACUAACUCUUAAAAAAAAAUGCAUUGUUAGUGUUAGCAGAAAAACAAUGGUUUCUUAUUAAUUUUUCAUUUAAGGUUUUUUAUUAUGAUCUUAAUUUUAGUUAAGUGCUUUUUCCAAAACAAAUGUCAUAUACCAUUGUUUCAUUUGAAGGUUGCUAGGAUUCGGUAUAAUAUUACUAGAGGCUCCAUGCUGUUGUCAGUUCUUAGACUUCAUUCAACCAAUCAGCAGAUUCAGUGAGAGAAGGUCAUAUUGGCAAAAAGCUUUUGUUUAUGCCAUGUAAGUUGAAUUUUUAAACUUACCAUUUUAAAAAAAAAAAAAAAGGUGAGAAUAUGACUCACCUAUCAAAAUAUUAAGAACCACAUAAAAUUCUCAGAUAUGUUUAUUUUCCUAACCCUAAACAACUCAAUUGAUCCUAAAAUUGACAGUGGUAACUUAAAUUUAUAAAAAAAAUGAUAUUAAAUACAUGCUCUAUCAUGUGAUAUGCAUUAUUUCCACAGACCAGCCUUUGUGCCUCCAAUAAUGUGUUUUUCUAUUACAACUAUGUGUGGAAGUGGUCUAUUAAUAGCCUCUGGUGUCAUCUAUGGAUUGAUUGCUCUGGGCAAAAAGUAGGUCAUGAACAUGUCACACCCACGUCACUGGUGUGUGAAAAGGGGAAAUUGAAAUAUUUAGUUUUGAUUGUAAUGAAUCAAUUUAACGUUGUUGAAACUCUGCUAGGGACAUUAAAAAUUUGUUUUAUAUUUAUGAAAUAUUUAUUUUCAAGAUUAAGUAAAUGGUUCUAAUUUAUUCAAUCUUUGCUUGCAAUUAAAAAAUAUUUGUAAUUGUAUUUAAAUUUUAUUUAAAACAAUGCUUAUUUCUCAUUUUUUAUUUUAUUUUUGAAUAGAGCUGAUAGGGAGACCAUGAUGUCAAGAGCAAGGAGCGAUGAUGUAGAAUUGAAAGAAACUUUGAUCACAAACGAAGUGACGCCAAUGCCAGCCAAUCCCUGAUGAUGCUACACAGGUGUAUGAAAUAUAGAGCUGUGAUUUAUUGGCUAGCAAGUGAAUAUUUUUUUUGGAGUUGUUGAUUCAUUUCUUGUAUGGCUUGUUUGAUGAUGCUUGUCAAUCUUUGCAUACAUGGGCCUCUUCUGAGACUGAAUGUCAUACAUACAUCAGGUGUUUGUUUUCAAAACAAUAAUUUUAAAAACAAAUAUAACUUUUCUUUGUUACGUUAGAAAAAGUAUGAAUAGAAUAAUUUAAAUUUAUUUUAAAAAGCUCCUUUAUCUUAACAUAAAAAAUCAAAUGCGCUUUCCUAUCAAUUAGUCAGUAUUUUGAAGAAGAAAAAAGAUUGUUGACAUUUCACUUUAAUUUUCGUUUCCCUUUCGUUUUAGUUGUCAAAUUAUCAAAUAAAAAUCGAUUGACAUUUAGACAGUAGAAAACUAAAAUGAAUACAAUUUUCUAAUGAUAAGAAAUGUUAAUUGGUUUAUAAAAUGGUCCAUAAUGUUAAUUCUAUGAUCCAAAUGGUACAGCAUAGUGUAAUUAAUUUAUGUAUGUCUUUCUUUAACAGAUUAUUUGAAAUUGUUUUUAAGGUUCAAAGUGCACUAAAUUGUAAAAACCAAUCCGCUAAAAAAAUGUCCCAUUGGUCACAAAAAGUCAACUGAGAAAAUUUAGUAAUGCUUAUCUGAGAGAAAUAUUUAGUGAUACUUAUGAGAGAAAUAUUUUUUUAAAUUCAUGCUCAUUAAAGCUUGUUGACAAUGAUUGUUUAAUUAGUGAUAUAAAUUGAUUGUUCAUAUUAUGUUUUUAUGCUUGGCUGUCAUGGGCUCAAUUUUUUAAAUGUAUAUUAUUUAAUUAUUAUGACAAUAUCAAUGCAAUUUUGGGAUGCUUGAGAUUUCUGCUAAAAUAGUUAUAGUUAUGUUUUGGGGGGUAACCUGUUUAUCAAAUACUUGAGCAUCAAACUUUAAAAUAGGGCUUGUUUCCCAUUAAGUAGUGAUGUUUAACAAGGACAAUAGUGCUGGGCAUGUAGAUUACAUUUUGUUUAUGGUUUAUGAUUAUGAGUUUUAUAAGUUAAAGUUUAUUUAUUGAUUAAUGAAGACAUACUUAUUUCUUUUCUGCACACAGAACCUGUAAUAUAUAUAUUUUCUGGAAAUCAUUAAAUUUCACAAAUAUCCGCAACUCAUUUAAAAAAAAAAAAACUAGAUUCAGUAUUAUUCAAGUGACAGUAUUUUUGUUCUCACCACUUUUCUACUUUAUUUUACUAAAUGUCAAAGAUAUUUUCUUUUACUUCUAAUGCUAUUUGUCAGCCUAGUAGAACACACUGAAUUCAUUUUAUUAAUUUCUAUGAUACCCAUUAUCUGAUACAACAUCUCUCUCUAUCCCACCUCAUUAUCUCAUAUGUCAAUUAUUAAUUAUGAUUCGGAAUGGUACACUAUACCAGGUAUAUAAAAUAUAGGGCUAUUAUUAAUGAAGACAAAAAUAAUAGCUAAAUUUCAUCGCCAGAUGAAUUCUGCAUCAACCUGUUUUAAAUGUGUUAAUUUAAGGUCAAACUAUUAAAAUAUGUUUAUUGUACCUUACGUUCCAUACAUUUUUGUCACCAGACAUAUUGUCUGGCAGUUCAUUGUAAGAUAAUCCAUUUUAAUCUUUUUUAUGAAGCCCAUUUUUCAGUCUUAGUCUUAGCAUUUUUAAUAUUUAAGAAUUUGCUUGGGACACCACUAUCUUUUUAAAAGCCAGUCAUUAAAUAUUUUAUUUUUAUUAAAAAUAAUUUUCAUUUUUUGGUCAGUGACAUACAUUUUAAAGAUUAGAAAUAAUCUAAGAUUGUAUUAAACCUUAUCCUGAAAUAAAUGAGUUGUAAUGUGUGGUAGUGGUACUAUCCAAAAUAAAAAUUAUUUAUAUCUUUAAUAUUAAAAAUCCCCAUUAUAGUAAUUCACUUUGGCUCAGUUCAUCGUGGCAAGAAACAAAUCUAAUUUUCCCAAAUAAUUCAUGAGCGUGUUGAAUGAUAGAGAGAUUUUUAUUAUUUUCUUAAGAACAGAAAUAAUGCCAAGACUUUAGUCAUUCCAAUUUUGUCUAAAAUGUUUACUUUAUAAAUGAUAUCCACUCAAAGAGUGUGUUCCAGUUCCAUGUCACAACUUUAGUUGUUAAAUUGAAAGAUACAAAAUUGCUCUUGAAUUAUAAAUCAGUGCACUAUUUUGGGGGGAUUGUUGGGUUAGAGGCUAUAUCUUACAUGGUUAUUACUAUGUGUCUGUGUUUUAAUUGGGGCAAAUGUACUCUAUUUCUGUUUAUUUGUUUUCUGUACAAUAUUUGGUUGUUGAACAUACAUACAAAAAUAGCUUUGUCUAAAACUAGCACCAGGUCAAGUGCUUGUAUGACAAAGCUAACACCAGGUCAACUGCUUGUAUGAUGAAGCUUAAAUGAUCAAACUGUAAAAACUGGUUCAAAGAACAAAGUCAAAAAGCUAAAUCUAGUAAAAAGAAACUGUUGAAAAAAUUUGCAGUCACAAAAUCAUGAAUGGCAAAGGAAAGUUUGAAUAAGCUGAGUUUUAGUCCUUUUUGGUUUUUUUAAUUUGGCUUACAAAAUGCACAUUUCUCAGUUUAAAGUAAUAAAGUGUCAUAUUUUACUUGAUGUUGGUUAAAAACUUACCAACCUUUUUUUUUUUUAACUAAAGCUUUGAUUUUCAUAAAGUUAAUAAAAUUUAUCUUUAUAUAAAAUUCAACUUGAAAUAAGAACAUAAUGUUUUACCCCUUUGUUUUGAUUUUGUUAUAAUAUGCACUUAAAAAAUAUACCCUCAUGCUAUUACUAUUAGUGACAUAACAAAGUCACUCAAAACUGCACGAUCGUUAAGCAUUAAAUGUUUAUAUCCAAUAAUAUUGUAGUAUAAUCAGAUUUUUUAUGAUAAUCAUAUAUUGAAAUAUAUCUACUGGCCCAAGAUAGAGAGUUACACAAUUCAUGAUAGUUUCUAUAUUUUUAGUGUUAUGGUGAUGAUUUUUGCUUUAAAACUGACAAUAUAUUGCACUUUGACUUCUAUGUUUUGACACUUUCUGUCUUUUCAAGCCAACUGCUCAGCUCUCCACACUGAAGACAAAGGAAAGUAAUUGGGAUCAGUAUUUAUUGAUUGGUAUCUUGAUUUUUGGUUAAACAUGAUAUGCUAUGCAUGUUGUUAAAUUGUGAUGUCAAGUUGCUGUGUAGGCCCUGCAACCUCCGUUACUACAUUAAUGCAUUUACCUAUUAUUUUAACACAACAUUUAUCAUUUGAUUACUUUAAGUAGUGGGAAGACAUCAGUGCAAUAAAGUUG